CUGAUUUUAAAUAAUAUUGUGUCCUAUUAAUUAUUACAACAGUCACAUCGAAACCAGUAAGACCACUCAAAUGUAUUACAAACAAACAUACUAAUUUUAGUAAUCAACUAACUGCUGUUCAAAUGUUUUACCUAAACAAUUUGCUAACUUGUGUUUGAUAGACUAUCAAUGAUUCCAUAUUAAAAUAUGCUUUUUAAAAAAUAGGAAUUUUUUUGAGAAAGGUUGUUUUUACAGUGUGAUUUCUUGUUUUAUUUUGGAGUUGAUUAAUGAAUGUAAAUAUGUUAAGCCAAAUGUCUGCCAGCAAUAAAAAUGGCCAAGUUUUUAUAUUCAUUAAACAUUAUGACUGUAAGUGAAAAUAAUGUGAAGAAGCAGUUUUAAUCAAGAAAUCAAAAUGAAGAAAUACAUGAUAGAAGAGAUUUAUCCAAAGAGUCAAACCGGCAAAUGCAUGGUUUAUUUCAACAUGUCUCAUCAUUACAGAAGGAUUUAUUCGGCAAAGCCACGUGUUGAUACAAAUUUAGCUAAAAGGUCUCAAAACCAAUUGUGUUGUUCAUCUCCUGAUGUUUUUAAUUUUGUGAAAAGGAACACAGUUAAACAACCACUUCUCAUGACACCACGUCACAAGACUUGUACUAAGGAAAAAGAAUCUGAAUUAUUCAAACCAAAGAUUUUAGAGUCCCAUAUUGAAUCAAAAUUAAAAACACUGCCAGUUUAUCAAGCUCCUCAACGCAUUGUAACAACAAAAGCUGUUCAAACAGAAAAUAAUGAUAUAGAUGAGAUUAUCAAAAAUGACAAAGUUGCUAAUGAAAAUUCAGAUGAAAAUGAUCCCUUGGAAAAUGAGACAAAAGAUUUGUCACAUAAUAAUGAGAAAGACAAAGGUAAAGUUACAAGUAAUCAGAAGAAACAUGAAGGCUCAGAUGAACAUAAAUUCAGGCCGACAGACAAAUCAUGUGCAUUGUUCUUGAAAGAUAUUACUGAUGAUAUCUUAAGGAAAGGUAUUUAUUCGAAUCAGAGCCUUGAAAAACUGUUUACUCAUCAUAUCUCUAAAAAUAAAUAUUUUCUCCCAAAGGACAUCAUGGAAAGAGAGAUCAUGAGAUUGAAAAAGGAACUAGAUAUGCCUAUAGAAAGUGAAAAACAAGAAUCAGAAGAAACAAUCAAAGAUGAGGAAGCCCUCACAGCUUUGGAUUCCUUGUUUUUGCCCUCAGAUAUAAGGGAUAAAGUCGCUUCCUCAUUAGGCCUCACUAAAAAAUCUCCGAUACCCUUACCUAGCCCAAAGGAUAGUUUUACUGGAUCAUUAGAAUUAACAAGUAUGAGCGAGAAGCCGAAAAAAGAAUUAUAUAAUGAUGAAAAACACAAAACAGACAGCGUGAGAGAAUCUGAUGGGUCAGAGCCAGAACAAACGAGUGAAUCUAAAGAAGAUACUAUAAAUGAUGUAUUGGACAAUAGAUCAUUGAAUGAAAAUAGUGCUCAUUCAACAGAAAUAGAUAGUCAAGAUGAGACCGAUGGUGAUGAUAGCGAUAAGAAUGAUGUUGUUAACAGAACAAGAACUGUAAGUCCUGUUUUAGAAAAAAUUGUCUCUGAUAAUGUUUCCAAGCACCAUGAAGAGAUUGAAACUACUAGUGAUCUGUCAUCAAUCCAUACAGAAUCUGAUGGUUGAAGUUGGCAAGCUGUGAUUUUAUAAUAUAUUCUUUUGAUUUUAAUUCCUUUUUGUAUGCCACUUGUAUAAUUCUCAUAUUUAUUAUAGAAUAUAUUUCUUACAUUUAGGAACAUUACACACAAAAAGUAAGCUAUAUUUUUUUUUAAAGCAACAAAGUUAGAAUAAGAAGAGAAAUUAUGCCAAAAUAACCAGAGAUAUAUAUUUUUUAAACCUUAGCAAUAAAUAAGUUAUUAUUUUUCGCAUCCAUAAGAAGAAUAGUAAUAGAUUUUAACUUUUUUAACCAUCACAUGAAGAUGCUUGAUUACAUUCUACACUCAUGAUUUCCUAGUUGAUGGUAUUGCAACACUUUAUUUAUUUUCUUUCUGCACUUCUCCUUACUUCUCUUAAAAUAUGUUAUACAUGAUACGUUUUUAAACAUAACUUAAAACAAACAAUUUAAAUCAGAAAAAACAAAAAUAGUUCCAACUGCAUUGUAUUAUAGUUUUAUUGUAAAACAAUUAAAAGAUUAUUUUAGCCACUGUUAAAAUGAAACAAUACAUUAUUAUAAACUA